AUGCAGCAACAAUGACAGCUACAAAAGCGAAAUUCUUUUUUUUCGUACAAAUUUAAAAUUGCAAUAUCAUAUCAUACGUAUAUCGCAUGCUUACGUAGAUUCUUUUUUCCAGAUCGGCAUGGUGGAACAAUAUGGAUAUCCCGCUGAGGAGCACAGCGUUAUUACGGAAGAUGGUUACCAUUUGCAAAUACACAGGAUACCUGGGAGUCCAUUGUGGAAAGAUAAAAAGAAGAAGAACGUUGUGUUUAUACAACAUGGUAUCUUAGCUUCGUCCGAGAGCUGGGUGAUGUUCGGUCCCGGCAAAGACUUACCAUUCUUAUUGGCUGAUCAAGGAUACGAUGUGUGGCUGGGGAAUAUUAGAGGAAACAGCUAUUGCAGGUCGCACGUAAACAUGACGAUUAAUGACCGCAAAUUUUGGCAAUUUAGGUGAAAUGUCACGUUCAAGAUCAUUUAGAAAAGAAAUAUUCUAACUAAAUAAUUUUAUUAAAUAAUAUGACAUGGUAUUUCAUUUAUCCAUAUUUCUGUAUUUUACUCAGCAAAAAACGAUAGAUUUAAAUAAAUGAUUAUUCUAAUA